CAAAGAAGGAGGACAGUCAACUCAAGAGUCUAAAGCUCACCAAGCUCUAGGAAAGCACAGCUGGAAAACCAACAACUGUUACCAAUGAGAUCAGGAGGUUUACUGCUGAGGCUAACAACUUCCAGGCCUCGCUCACUGCAGUAACACAUGUUCUGUAAAUCAGAACUCAGACCUGACCCAGUUCUACAUAGGAGAAACUCACAGAGUCAUUAUUACUGAGAGCUGAAAUGGAGCAAAGAGUAGUUCAACUAGACCGAGAUAAUGUGUCCUGUUCCAUCUGUUUGGAUCUACUGAAGGAUCCGGUGACUAUUCCCUGUGGACACAGCUACUGCAUGAACUGUAUUAAAACACACUGGGAUGGAGAAGAUUGGAAGAAAAUCUACAGCUGCCCUCAGUGCAGGAAAGAGUUCAUACCGAAACCUGUCCUUGAAAAGAACAUCAUGUUGGCUUCUUUAGUGGAUGAUCUGAGGAAGACUGGACUCCAAGCUGCUCCAGCUGAUCACUGCUAUGCUGGACCUGAAGAUGUGGCCUGUGAUGUUUGUACUGGGAGGAAGAUGAAAGCUGUCAAGUCCUGUUUAACUUGUCCUGCAUCUUAUUGUGGGAAUCACCUCCAACCUCAUUAUGAUGCGCCACCAUUACAGAAGCACAAGGUGGUUAAUCCUUCCAAUAACCUUCAGCAGAACAUCUGCUCUCGUCAUGAUGAGGUGAUGAAGAUCUUCUGUCGUACUGAUCAGCAGUGUAUCUGUUAUCUCUGCACUAUGGAUGAACAUAAAGACCAUGAAACAGUCCCAGCUGCAGCAGAAAGAGCUGAGAAGCAGAAGAAGCUCCAGGAGAGUCGACAACAAAUCCAGCAGAGAAUCCAGGACCAAGAGAAAGAUGUGAAGCUGCUUCAACAGGAGGUGGAGGCCAUCAAUGUCUCUGCUGAUAAAGCAGUGGAGGACAGUGAGAAGAUCUUCACUGAGCUGAUCCGUCUCCUCCAGGAAAGAAGCUCUGAUGUGAAGCAGCAGAUCAGAUCCCAGCAGGAAACUGAAGUGAGUCGAGUCAAAGAUGUUCAGGAGAAGCUGGAGCAGGAGAUCACUGAGCUGAAGAGGAAAGACGCUGAGCUGGAGCAGCUCUCACACACAGAGGAUCACAUCCAGUUUCUCCUCAACUACCCCUCACUGCCAGCACUCAGUGAGUCUACACACUCAUCCAGCAUCAACAUCCGUCCUCUGAGACACUUUGAGGACGUGACAGCAGCUGUGUCAGAGCUCAGAGAGAAACUAGUGGACAUCCUGAGAGACUCAUGGACAAACAUAGAACUGAAGGUCACUGAAGUAGAUGUUCAACCAUCAGAACCAGAACCAAAGACCAGAGCUAAACACUUCUCACCUCCCAUCUCACGCAAGUCAGGCUAUACCUUGCCCAUGCCCUUCUUCCUCAAUCUGCACCUCACAAACGAAACAAAGAGACCAGAACCAGAACCAAAGACCAGAGCUGAAUUCUUAAAAUAUUUCCAAAAAAUCACUCUGGAUCCAAACACAGCACACAAGAAGCUGUUAUUAUCUGAGGGAAACAGAAAAGCAACACUAAUAAACCAACAACAGUUUUAUCCUGAUCAUCCAGAAAGAUUCACUAAUAGUUUUCAGGUUCUGAGCAGAGAGAGUCUGACUGGACGUUGUUACUGGGAGGUGGAGUGGAGAGGAGGAGGAGUUGUUGUAGCAGUUUCAUACAAGAACAUCAGCAGAACAGAAACAUUUGGUUCCAGUGACAAAUCUUGGUCAUUAUAUUGUACUACACAGAAGAAAAGAAAUCGACUUUAUCACAACAAAGUUCAAACUCCAGUAUCAGGUCCAGUUUCCUCCAGAAUAGGAGUGUACCUGGAUCACAGAGCAGGUAUUCUGUGUUUCUACAGCGUCUCUGAAACCAUGACUCUCCUCCACAGAGUCCAGACCAGAUUCACUCAGCCUCUCUAUGCUGGGAUUGAGCCUUACUCUCAUGGAGACGCUACUGAGUUUAUUAAACUGAAAUACUUUAUUUACACCAGUAGGUUUGGUUACCGUGAGAUCAGAGCUCAGAGCUGCUGUUGUUCUAUAGAGGAGGAAACUACGCAGUUGUUACUGGGAGCUAAAAUGGCGCAGAGAAUAGUUCAACUAGACCAAAGUAACUUUUCUUGUUCCAUCUGUUUGGAUCAACUGAAGGAUCCGGUGACUAUUCCCUGUGGACACAGUUACUGUAUGAACUGCAUUAAAAGCCACUGGGAUGGAGAAGAUCAGAGGAGAAACCACAGCUGCCCUCAGUGCAGGAAAGAGUUCAUACCAAGACCUGAUCUGGAGAAAAAUGUCAUGUUAGCUGCUUUAGUGGAGGAUCUGGAGAAGACUGGACUCCAAGCUGCUGCAGCUGAUCACUGCUAUGCUGGACCUGAAGAUGUGGCCUGUGAUGUUUGCACUGGGAGGAAGAUGAAAGCUGUCAAGACCUGCCUGGUUUGUCUGAUUUCUUACUGUGAAAAUCAUCUUCAGCCUCAUUAUGAAUCUCCUGCUUUUAAAAAGCACAAGCUGGUGAAUCCCACCAAAACUCUCAUGGAAAGCAUCUGCUCUUGUCAUGAUGAGGUGAUGAAGAUGUUGAUGGAUGGUUAUGAAACAAUCUCUGCAGAAGCAGAAAGGGCUGAGAAGCAGAAGGAGCUCCAGGAGAGUCGACAACAAAUCCAGCAGAGAAUCCAGGACCAAGAGAAAGAUGUGAAGCUGCUUCAACAGGAGGUGGAGGCCAUCAAUGUCUCUGCUGAUAAAACAGUGGAGGACAGUGAGAAGAUCUUCACUGAGCUGAUCCGUCUCCUCCAGGAAAGAAGCUCUGAUGUGAAGCAGCAGAUCAGAUCCCAGCAGGAAACUGAAGUGAGUCGAGUCAAAGAUGUUCAGGAGAAGCUGGAGCAGGAGAUCACUGAGCUGAAGAGGAAAGACGCUGAGCUGGAGCAGCUCUCACACACAGAGGAUCACAACCAGUUUCUCCUCAACUACCCCUCACUGCCAGCACUCAGUGAGUCUACACACUCAUCCAGCAUCAACAUCCGUCCUCUGAGACACUUUGAGGACGUGACAGCAGCUGUUGCCGAGCUCAGAGACAAACUAGUGGACAUCCUGAGAGACUCAUGGAGAAACGUUGAACUGGCAAUCACUGAAGUGGAUGUUCUACUGUCAGAACCAAAGACCAGAGAUGAAUUCUUAAAAUAUUCACAAGAAAUCACUCUGGAUCCAAACACAGCAAACAUAUUUCUGUUAUUAUCUGAGCAGAACAGAAAAGUAACAUUAAUGAACCGGCAACAAGAUUAUCCAGAUCAUCCUGACAGAUUCACUGGUUGUUAUCAAGUCCUGAGUAGAGAGACUCUGACUGGACGUUGUUACUGGGAGGUGGAGAGGACUGGGAGUGGAGUUUAUGUAGCCAUUUCUUACAAGAACAUCAACAGAAAAGAAGCCUUUGGGUUCAAUGACAGAUCUUGGUCUUUAUAUGGUUACACAGACAGUUACACAUUUUAUCACAACAACAUUGAAACUCCAGUACCAGGUCCAGUUUCCUCCAGAAUAGGAGUGUACCUGGAUCACAGAGCAGGUAUUCUGUGUUUCUACAGCGUCUCUGAAACCAUGACUCUCCUCCACAGAGUCCAGACCAGAUUCACUCAGCCUCUACAUGCUGGAGUUGGUCUUUACUUCUCACUUUCCUGUCCUGGUGAUUCCUCUGCUGAGUUCAUUAAACUGAAAUAGUCAGCAGUGAUCUCAGGUCCAGUUGGUUAAAAUGUGUAUUUUAGUGCCAGUUCCUUUCGUCUCCAUCAUUGUUGCUGAGAGAUCAUCUGUCUUAGUGGAGCUACUUUGUCAUCUUUAUUGUUUUUAUUAAUGUUUGAUGUGUGAUCAGAAUCUCUAAUUUCUUAAUUUUUUUCAUAUUUAGCUGCAUCAUUAUUAUCACAUUUAUCACUUCUGUUUCUGAUGUCACCAGAACCUGCUUGAGUUUCUGAUUAUUUUUAAAGCACAUUAACUAGUAGUGUUAUAUCUGCAUCAUUAGUAUUUUUUCUCUGCUCUGCUCUGCUAAGUACCAUGUUUACUGAUGGAACUGUUAAUUAACAUAUAUUAUUAAACAGUUAUAAUGUACCUGAACUUACCUGGGGAUCAAAGGGGAAGUGGUGGAGAAGGUGGAGGAUUACAAAUACCUGGGAGUUGUAAUCGGCAACAGACUGGACUGGGCAUCUAACACUGACGCUGUGUGC